CUUUUUACAAGCGUUGACCCGCAUGUUUUGAGACACUUUGUAUAUGGUUAAUGGUUCUAUUUUCAUGAAUGACAUGGCUCUAUCACUUACAUCAUGCUCGUGUUCACAUAGCAUUUUUAACCAUUUUAUUCAGAUUAAUAUUAAAAAUAAGCUUAAUAUUGAUUGCAAUAAUUGAUUUUUACAAGCAAUCGUCAGCAAAAGAACUCUGAAGGUUAUUAAAAUAUUAUGGACGACGACUUGGAAGAUCGAAUUUUGUAUCAGCAUAUGUAAUCAGACGUUUACCCAUGUAAGGGAUUGUUCUGCCCUUCCAUCGCAAUUCAUGAUGAUAAGCAAUCAACCAAGAAGUGCAAGACUUGUCGAAUUUUGUAAGACCAUGCCUUGGCAUGGGGCUCGCAAAAAUAUAAUGCGUAAGAAUGGUUUCUUUUCUUAGUACCGCCAUUUCCUUUUUAACAAAUUUUUUAUCAACAAUGAAUUUUUGCAGAUCCAUAAAUAUUGAUACGAUUAUGAUGAGUGACUUUUCAAUACUGUACAUUAACGCCAAAUAUCUCAGUUUUUAUCAGUUUGAUGUUACAUGAUUUUGCGCACUACGUUGGACAACGGACAGUAUUCAAUUACACGAUCAUACAUAUGUAUCACACAUGAAGCUUAUGUCCAAGUUUGCCGUAAACAUCCCUACUGGUUUAAAUACAGGGAUUAACAGUCCAUUGAGCUAUUUCUGCAGAAUUAUGCGAAUCUACGCUUUAAAACCGGAAGUGCUAAUCUGUGGUAUGAUUCUGGCUAUCAUUUUAUUUUAUAUACAAGCUGUGGAUAUCUGGAGCAGAGCGCUUCUAGGAAAAAUUCAGUAUACUCUAGGACGUACUACAUCUAAGGUGUCCACGUUGAAAUUUUUAGUUAACGAUUCAGUUAAUGUUGGAAUGAAAGUUUAUUGGGAAUUGAAACAAGAUCACAUUGCAGCAUAUGCUGUGCAGGGACACAGAGCUCGGAUGGAGGAUCGUUUUGUUGUAAACGAAGACAUAAACAACACUGGAAUUUCCGUAUUUGCAAUAUUUGACGGCCAUGGUGGUGAGUUUGCAGCUGAUUAUGCUCGUGACAAACUUAUCUCCAAUAUUAAUAAAAAAGUUAUUGAACUGAAAAAUUUACUGGCCGGCAAAGCGUCCGCUUAUCAGGAACCGAUCUUAUACGAACCGGAGAAAAAGAAAGAUGUUAAUAAAGAAGAUGAAAAUCAUUCAGAUCGAAAAAAGUCUUUUCGAAAAGUGGCAAGUACAUCUUUGACAGAUGAUUGUGUGAAGAAGAAAGCUAUUGAAGUGACUGACCCGGAAUUGCUCGAUAAACUAGACAGCAUAACGCCGAUUACGAGAGAGGUCAGACCACGUAGACCGAGUGAGAAGAAAGUAUCUAAAAUAGACGUGAUAAAUUAUAUUGAAGGAAAUAAAAUCAAUUACGGUAGAUUGCUAACGGAUGAAGUUUUAGCGGUGGAUAGAUUAUUAGUGGAAACUGCCAAGAAAAAUAUGGAUGUAGCAGGUACAACGGCAUUAAUUGCUCUUUUGGAAGAUAGUAAACUGAUCGUGGCGAAUGUUGGAGAUUCAAGAGGAGUAAUGUGUGACGAAAAGGGCAAUGCCAUUCCUUUGUCUUUUGAUCACAAGCCUCAACAAGAAAGAGAGAGAAGACGAAUAAAUAAAGCCGGUGGUUUGGUAACUUUUAACGGCGUGUGGAGAGUCGCCGGCAUAUUAGCAACUUCUCGUGCUCUAGGAGAUUAUCCUCUAAAAGAUAAAAAGUUAGUAAUCGCUGAUCCAGAUAUUCUGACAUUCGAUUUGAACGAUCACAACCCCAUGUUUAUAAUAUUGGCAUCCGACGGCUUGUGGGACACAUUUUCGAACGAAGAGGCCGUAGCCUUCAUCAAAGAGCAUAUCAAUGAACCACAUUUUGGUGCGAAAAGCAUCGCGUUACAGAGUUUCUACAGAGGAUCCGCGGACAAUAUCACCGUCGUCGUGAUCAACUUGAAGGAUCGCAAGUUCAGUAUACCGGAAGCCAGGAGGAAUCAGUUAUGAUCUUAAAAACAAAAUUCAUUGUUCGUUGUGAAGUUCCGAAAGUCUAGUCAGAAAAUGAUGUAACUUGAUGCAAUAUAAGUAAUAAUUUAUUGCCAAAAAAUGCAUGAAUGUUUCUUCGUAUUUAUAAUCUCCGUUGACACUAAAAUUAUUUAUAGAAUAAAAUAUUACUGAAAAUGAGAUAUUAUUUCUAGCUUCAGUUUAUGAUUACUUCAGUUUUAAAUUCGAUAAACCAUAUUAGCAUGCAGUCUGUAUAAUGUUGAUGUUAUUUCUCAUAACAAGGAAAUAAUAAAAAUAUGUAGCAGUUUUA